AUGGCUUUGGCCGGGCUGUGCUCGCUGCUGGCCGGCUGCUGCCUGGCCGCGGGCAGCGGCCCCGCCGAGGCGGCGGCGGAGGCGGCGGCCAAGGAGCUGGAGUGCAAGCUGAAGAGCAUCACGGUGUCGGCGCUGCCCUUCCUGCGGGAGAACGACCUCAGCAUCAUGCACGGCCCCUCGGCCGCCGAGCCCAAGCUGCUCUUCUCGGUCCGCAACGAUUUCCCCGGCGAGAUGGUGGUGGUGGAUGACCUGGAGAACACGGAGCUGCCCUACUUCGUGCUGGAGAUCUCAGGCAACACGGAUGACAUCCCGCUGGUGCGCUGGCGGCAGCAGUGGCUGGAGAACGGCACCUUGCUCUUCCACAUCCACCACCAAGACGGGGCCCCCAACCUGCCCGGCUUCGACCCCACAGAGGAGCCGCAGACCGAGUCGGCAGAGGAGGAGCUGAGGAUCCUCCACAUCUCUGUCAUGGGAGGGAUGAUCGCCCUGCUGCUCUCCAUCCUCUGCCUGGUGAUGAUCCUCUACACGCGCCGGCGGUGGUGCAAGCGGCGCCGCGUGCCGCAGCCCCAGAAGAGCGCCAGCGCCGAGGCGGCCAACGAGAUCCACUACAUCCCGUCGGUGCUGAUCGGGGGCCACGGGCGGGAGAGCCUGCGCAACGCCCGCGUGCAGGGCCACAACUCCAGCGGCACGCUCAGCAUCCGCGAGACGCCCAUCCUGGACGGCUACGAGUACGACAUCACCGACCUGCGGCACCACCUCCAGCGCGAGUGCAUGAACGGCGGCGAGGACUUCGCCAGCCAGGUCACCCGCACCCUCGACUCGCUGCAGGGCUGCAAUGAGAAGGCCAGCAUGGACCUCACACCAGGGAGCGAUAACGCCAAGCUGUCCCUGAUGAACAAGUACAAGGACAACAUCAUUGCCACCAGCCCCGUGGACUCGAACCACCAGCAGGCCACGCUGCUGUCCCACACCUCCAGCAGCCAGCGCAAGCGCAUCAACAACAAAGCGCGAGCUGGCUCGGCAUUUCUCAACCCCGAGGGGGACUCGGGGACAGAGGCAGACACCGAUCCCCAGCUGACCUUCUACACGGACCCCUCACGGAGCCGGAGGCGCAGCAGAGUGGGGUCCCCCCGAAGCCCUGUGAACAAGACCACGCUGACCCUGAUCAGUGUGACGAGCUGUGUCAUCAGCCUGGUGUGCUCUUCCCACAUGAACUGCCCCCUUGUCGUCAAGAUCACCCUCCACGUCCCUGAGCACCUGAUUGCUGAUGGAAGCCGGUUCAUCCUGCUGGAGGGGAGCCAGCUGGAUGCCAGUGACUGGCUGAACCCAGCACAGGUCGUCCUCUUCUCCCAGCAAAACUCCAGUGGGCCCUGGGCCCUGGACCUCUGUGCCCGGCGCCUUCUGGACCCCUGUGAGCACCAGUGUGACCCCGAGACUGGGGAAUGUCUCUGCUAUGAAGGGUACAUGAAGGACCCCGUGCACAAGCACCUCUGCAUCCGGAACGAGUGGGGAACGAACCAGGGGCCCUGGCCGUACACCAUCUUCCAGCGUGGCUUUGACUUGGUGCUGGGCGAGCAGCCUUCUGACAAGAUUUUUCGGUUCACCUACACCUUGGGGGAGGGCAUGUGGCUGCCCCUGAGCAAGAGCUUCGUCAUCCCACCAGCUGAGCUGGCCAUCAACCCCUCAGCCAAGUGCAAGACUGACAUGACGGUGAUGGAGGAUGCAGUGGAGGUCAGGGAAGAGCUGAUGACCUCGUCCUCCUUCGACAGCCUGGAGGUCCUUCUUGACUCCUUCGGCCCCGUCCGCGACUGCUCCCGGGACAACGGGGGCUGCAGCAAGAACUUCCGCUGCAUCUCGGACCGCAAGCUGGACUCCACGGGCUGUGUGUGCCCGACGGGACUGAGCCCCAUGAAGGACGGCACAGGCUGCUAUGACCGUCACGUCGGCGUGGACUGCUCCGACGGCUUCAACGGGGGCUGCGAGCAGCUGUGCCUGCAGCAGAUGGUCCCCCUGCCCGAAGACCCCCUGCUCUACAACAUCCUCAUGUUCUGUGGGUGCAUUGAGGACUACAAGCUGGGCGCGGAUGGGCGCUCGUGCCAGCUGAUCUCGGAGUCGUGCCCCGAGGCGGGGGACUGCGGCGAGCCCCGCGAGCUGCCCAUGAACCAGACGCUCUUCGGGGAGCUCUUCUACGGCUACAACAACCACUCCAAGGAGGUGGCACCAGGGCAGGUGCUCAAAGGCACGUUCAGGCAGAACAACUUUGCCCGGGGCCUGGAGCAGCAGCUGCCGGAUGGGCUGGUGGUGGCCACAGUGCCCUUGGAGAACCAGUGCCAGGAGGAGCUCUCUGACCCCACGCCCGACCCUGAGUUCCUCACUGGGAUGGUGAACUUCAGCGAGGUGUCGGGGUACCCCCUCCUGCAGCACUGGAAGGUGCAGUCUGUCAUGUACCAUGUCCGGCUCAACCAGAUGACCAUCUCCCAGUCCUUCAGCAAUGCACUCCACUCUCUGGAUGGAGCCACCUCCCGUGGAGAUUUUGUGGCGCUGCUGGACCAGUUUGGCAACCACUACAUCCAAGAGGCAGUGUACGGCUUUGAGGAGUCCUGCUCCAUCUGGUAUCCCAACAGGCAGGUCCAGAGGCAGCUCUGGCUGGAGUAUGAGGACAUCAGCAAAGGCAACUCCCCCUCGGAUGAGUCAGAGGAGCGGGAGCGGGACCCCAAGGUGCUGACAUUCCCCGAGUACAUCGCCAGCCUCUCCGAGUCUGGCACCAAGCGCGUGGCAGCCGGCGUCCGGAUGGAGUGCCAGAGCCGCGGGCGCUGCCCGUCUUCCUGCCCGCUCUGCCACGUCACCUCCGGCCCCGACGUGCCAGCCGAGCCCAUCCUGCUGGAGGUCACCAAAGCAGCCCCCCUCUACGAGCUGGUCACCAACAACCAGACCCAGCGGCUGCUGCAGGAGGCCACCAUGAGCUUGCUGUGGUGCUCGGGCAGUGGGGAUGUCAUCGAGGACUGGUGCCGCUGUGACUCGAGUGCCUUCGGGGCUGACGGGCUGCCCACCUGUGCGCCCCUCCCGCACCCAAUCCUGCGUCUCUCCACUGUGCAUGAGCCCAGCAGCACAUUGGUGGUACUGGAGUGGGGCCACUCGGAGCCCCCCAUUGGGGUGCAGAUUGUGGACUACCUCCUCCGUCAAGAGAAAGUCACCGACAGGAUGGACCACUCCAAGGUGGAGACAGAGACAGUGCUGAGCUUUGUGGAUGACAUCAUCUCUGGUGCCAAGUCCCCCUGUGCCAUGCCAGCCCAAGUGCCUGACAGACUCUCCUCCACCAUCUCCCUCAUCAUCCGCUGCCUGGAGCCCGACACCACCUACAUGUUCACACUCUGGGGAGUUGACAACACAGGAAGACGUUCCAGGUCAAGCGAUGUGACAGUCAAGACGCCCUGCCCUGUGGUGGAUGAUGUGAAAGCUCAAGAAAUAGCAGACAAGAUCUACAACCUCUUCAACGGCUACACGAGUGGCAAGGAGCAGCAGACAGCCUACAACACCCUGCUGGACCUGGGCUCCCCCAGCCUCCACCGAGUCCUCUACCACUACAACCAGCACUACGAGAGCUUUGGGGAGUUCACCUGGCGCUGUGAGGAUGAGCUGGGGCCCAGGUAG